GUUACAUAGGUUGAGAGGCUGAAAAAGGCGCGAACUUUAACUUGUAUCAGUCACGUGGCCAUAGCUACUCAGCACGUUAGUUCAUUUAGGUUUGUAUGGUACAACAGACGUGUAUUUCUUUCUUAUUAUGGACUCAUUUCGCAAGAAGAAAAAUAGCAUUUGAUGUGUUAUAACGUGCAAGAACCUCCGGUUAAAUGUAUCGCGCUAACGCGACGAUCUGUCCUGUGAAAUGAUAGUUUGGGCGAGUAUUGCUAAUUAUGCACGUCCCACAUUCAUCUUCUGGAAAUAAUUCUUCAGGCGACUUGUGAAUCUGUUCUCUAAUCAUGCCGAAACCACCGUUUAAAGUUGCCGACAUCAGUUUAGCGGAUUGGGGUAGAAAGGAAAUCAAGUUAGCAGAGAAUGAAAUGCCAGGGCUUAUUAUGAUGAGGCAAAUGUAUGGCAAAGAAAAGCCACUCACUGGAGCUAGGAUUGCUGGAUGUCUUCAUAUGACUGUUCAGACUGCAGUUUUAAUUGAAACCUUAGUCGAACUGGGAGCAUCGGUUCAAUGGUCAUCCUGCAACAUUUUUAGCACACAAGACCAUGCUGCCGCAGCUAUUGCAAAGACGGGCGUUCCAGUUUACGCAUGGAAAGGUGAAACCGAUGAGGAGUACACUUGGUGUAUAGAGCAAACUUUAAUAUUUCCUGAUGGUUUACCUUUAAACAUGGUGUUAGACGAUGGUGGUGAUCUUACAUCUCUUGUUCACGAGAAACAUCCUGAAUAUCUUGAAGGCAUAAGAGGCAUAACAGAGGAAACCACAACCGGUGUUCGGAAUCUUUAUAAGAUGUUUUCCAGUGGUCGACUAAAAUGUCCGGCCAUCAACGUUAACGACUCUGUUACUAAGAGCAAAUUCGACAAUCUCUAUGGUUGCCGUGAAUCGUUGGUUGAUGGAUUAAAAAGAGCCACUGACAUCAUGCUUGCAGGAAAGGUAGCAUUAGUCGCAGGUUAUGGAGAUGUUGGUAAAGGGUGUUCUCAAGCUCUUCGUUCUUAUGGCGCGCGUGUACUUAUAACAGAAGCAGAUCCAAUCAAUGCUUUACAGGCUGUUAUGGAGGGUUACGAAGUAACAACAAUGGAAGAUGGUGCGAAAAGAGCGAAGAUAUUUGUUACUGCCACUGGUUGUGUAGAUAUAAUUUCUGGUGAGCAUUUCUCAGAAAUGAUGGACGAUGCGAUUGUCUGUAAUAUUGGCCACUUUGAUACUGAAGUCGAUGUUAAGUGGCUCAAUGAGAAUUGUGUCAGUAAAGAAUCAAUCAAACCUCAAGUUGAUCGUUACACAUUAAAAAACGGAAGACAUAUUAUUCUACUUGCAGAAGGUCGCCUAGUAAAUCUAGGAUGUGCUCAUGGUCAUCCUAGUUUCGUAAUGUCAAACUCUUUUACAAAUCAGGUACUAGCACAGAUUGAGCUAUGGACAAAACCAGAUCAGUAUCCAGUUGGCGUCCAUUUUCUCCCUAAAAAGUUGGAUGAAGCUGUUGCUGCCGCUCACUUGGAACAGUUAGGUGUCAAACUAACAAAAUUAACCAAAAAGCAAGCUGAUUAUCUGGGUGUGCCAGUUGACGGACCAUUCAAGGCGGAACACUAUAGAUAUUAAAUUUAAGUUACUUGAUUUGUAAAAUAUGUCAAUUUAUGUGUAUCAUAAUCUAAUGAACUGUUAUUACUCUAAAAUACAGAUGCGUUGGAAAAAAGUAUUACUUGCCUAAAAUAGUAAGUCUCCUGAACACAUUAAGAACUUUGUUAAUUGUUUUAUGUGCAUGAAGGUUCACUUCGUAUGUCAGUAAUUUUAGUGUCUAACAUGUAUACAUAGUAACUACUUUUAAGUUUCUUGCACCUAUUUUGUUACAAACUACAUAAUGAUACCCGCAGUUCCUAUACACCUUUUCAAUAAGUGUUUACCGACUAUAUUGUAUUUACUUUAACUGUAGGAUCAAUUUUCUGUACUCAUUGGUCAUCUUUUAACAGGCAUUUUAGCUUAAAUUUAUUUUUGGGAAUCGAAUACCUAUCAUUACUGAAUAUGGGACCCAACAUAUUCUAUUGAUUGGCUACAAACUGCAAUGUUUUUAUACAAUAAAUCUAACCAUUAGUAAUCAAGAACACAUAACGGGUAGGUAUUGCGAUCGCACUUAAGUUUAAAUGAACAUGAUGAAUGUAUUAUCAGCUCGUCACGAGUCAGGACACUGGUUCAGUAAUAAGACAAAGCUCAUAUUAUGGCAACCGACACCGUUUUGAUCUGCUUGAGCUCCAUUACGUCAGUUUAAGUUACAUGUAACCCAUAUAAGAGCUAAACAAAUAAUACGAAUUUGACUUAAAUGCUGAUCAUUUUCGUAACGUUUCAAUGUUCUUGGGUCAUUACAGUAAAGUCAUAAUUUACAUAGGUUAGUGUGACUACAAUAUAAGUAUUGACUGUGGUGUACUAGGACCUGAUUUCUAUGAUGAACAAAGAAAAGAAGACCGUCUAACGCUCGAAAACGAAUGAUUAUAUCGAUGAAUGGUUGUGUAGAUUACAACCAAAUCUACCUUAAAGAGG